AAGCCUGUUGCUGAUUCCCAACCACAACAUUGCUGAACUCAGCUGUCACAACUUCAGCCCUCGACUGACUGCUCUGCACUGAUUGACAUUUGAGCAAUUGACUCUAUUCGCCGUCUUUUACAACCAUAGCCACACGCGCAGCUACGGUGUGUAUUUUUUUGCCCUCAUCACAAACCUACACAACCUUGUAUCGGGUUCACUUUGAGAGUCGGCAACGUAUAGCUGCACACUGGCUGAGCACAAUGCUGUCAAGACAUGGUAGAAGAUUUCCACUUAAAACCAAAGACACUGCACUAAAAAUGUCUUCCCUGGCCUUUGGAAUGGAUGACUUCUGAAGAGAUGGAGAACGAAGAGCAGAGCCCUGCAGAAGAGCAGGCCGGCUCACCUCCACAGCGAGGACUGCUCCACAUUUGGCAAUCAGGGGGACCGAGUGAGCCGCUUAGCCCAGAAAGAGUGCUUCUGUCCCAGUGUGUUCUUCAGGUGGCUCUGGGAGAACAUCACGGACUCCUGCUGGCACAGUGUGGUCCUGUGUAUUCUUUUGGAGAGUUACUGUGGAGGGGGCUCAGUGUUCCUCCGUCAGCUCCAUUGUUGGAGGCCGCCCUGCAAGGGACAACCGUGGUCCAUGUGGCUUGUGGUGGUUUUCAUUGCGGAGCGUUGAGCGAGCAGGGUGGCAUCUACAUGUGGGGGGAGAACACUGCAGGACAGUGUGGACCAAGUGACGGGGAUUCGGACUCCAAUGUGACUGUUGCAGAACCAUACCCGCUGGCUGUGGUGGACAAUGAGGUGGUUCCUCCUGUAGCAGUUCGGAUUGUGGAUUUGGCCUGCGGACGGGAGCACAGUCUGGCGUUGUCUGCCCAGAAUGAGCUGUGGGCCUGGGGCAGUGGGUGCCAGCUCGGUCUUGUCACAAGCAACUUCCCCGUGUGGAAACCACAAAAGGUGGAACACUUGGCAGGCAGGCAUGUGAUUCAGGUGGCUUGUGGGGCCUACCACAGCUUGGCUCUGGUCCGUUGUUUACAUCUUCAAAACCCAAACACUCCGAAACCACUAGAGAGGCGACCAUCAAAGAGGGAUGAGCCUUUUACCGCUGAAGAUGCACACUACUGUCCACUUGGGGUGGAGUUAACGGAAAGCAUGACAGCAGAGACUUCAGCCAAUAAACGCUCCAAACAAAGGUCCCGGCAGCCUGGCGUCAGCCAUGAAUCCCAAGCUGAUCCAUGUCCAUACUCCUGCGGCAUAUCUGACGAUAAAGAGAAUGUUCCUCUGGCCAGUGCGGAGAUUGAGCCUGACGAACACGCUGACCCCCUAACCCAGACGGACAGCUGCACUACAUCAUACCCGCUGCCAGCCUUGACAGAUAAAAAGAAAACUGCUUUGCCUAAUGAGCUGGAGCUUCACAAACUCCUUCAGAAGCUCUCUGGUCACUCAUUAGAAAUGCAACAUAGCAAAAGACUUGGUGAUGCAGACUCACUGAGCAGUCACACCUCAGAUGAUAGCUUUUCCUCAACUCCUUCUAAUGAGCUGCUACACACAAGUUGUGAAAAUGACUUGACAUUUCGCAGUGAGGUGGUCCGGUCUUCCUCUUUAGUGGGCUUGGAAGAGGAUCCUCUGUGGAAGAAAAAAGUAAUGCUGUCACACAAGAGCUCUAGUCUGACAGACAUUAACCUUAAAGGGAAAAAGGGAAACAGGAGAUUCUCCCUACCUGCAACACCCACUAAUGCAACCCCAAGGCGACAACAACAUUGUAGAAGCAAGCCAUCUUCUUUUCCAGAGAAUGAUUUUCCGUCCUUGGAGACGGAGGUGUGGAGCUGGGGCAGAGGGUCGGAGGGGCAACUGGGCCAUGGAGAUCAACUGGCAAGACUCCAGCCUCUUUGUAUUAAGAGUUUGACAGGCGAGGAAGUGAUCAAAGUCGCCGCAGGAUCACACCAUUCACUGGCUCUCACCGCUCAGUGCCAGGUCUACUCAUGGGGCAGCAACAUGUGUGGACAACUCGGUCAUGUCAACAGUCCUGCUACUGUCCCACAGCAGGCUACGCUAUCCGAUGAUCUUCGGGCUUGGGAUGUGUCGGCGGGUCAGAGCCACUCCCUCCUCUUGGCUGACGGAGACGGUGUCCAGCCCGUGCUCUUGUACUGUGGGCAGCAGCAGGAGCCGAGGCCGAAACGGAAUGAGACAUCCUGCCAGAGGGCCCGUUCCGACCAGCCGUCACAGAACAGGGCUGAAAGUUACACAGUCCGACCCUCCUUGAUGCCUUUUUGCAUAGAGAUGGGUUACAUCAGCAGCGUGUGUAGUGGUGGUCACAAGUGUGCGCUGCUGACUGACCGCAACGUCUCAGGUUUUAUCUUGGCCAUCCACGAGCUGGCUUCCAUCGAGAGGAAGUUUUACUGCUGGUUAAGCAGUGUCAGGAAGCUGCUUCUUAUGCCCAUUUUCUACAAAGAGAAGGCGCGUCCAUCCCUUGGUGAGCCCUGCACUCGUCUCUUCCUCUCCUUCUAUAAAACAUCCGUUUGCUUGAGCAUCCUCAUCGGUCAACACUCGACGUCGCUCACCCAUUUCUUGCACGUGUUACGUCGAGAUGUCACUUCCCUUCACCUGCUCACACAUACUCAGCACUUCCUUGACAUCUAUACUGAGUAUUGCAGUGCUGUAGGGGACUUCCAGGUCAUGGGUGGAUUGCAGUCGCUCCAUAAACUCUCACUAGAGUGUUUAGGUUCUAAGCAGACCAAACUUGCUCAACUUUCUGAACUGGACCCAUCAGCAAGCGGUGAUGGCGAUCUGGCUUCGGUGUUGUACUGGCCUUUGCAGCAGCUCCAGCAGUACAGUCGAGUCCUGUUCCAACUGGAAUCUUGCUUUGACAUGCUUACAGCAGAGUAUCAGUCCCUCCAUCAGAGUGCUGUGCAAUACGAACAUCUCUCUGUGACACUACAGAGGAGGAAGAAGGAGGCUGAAGCCACUUUCCUCUUCUGGAAGACUCACUCUGGGAAAAACACUGAGGGUCUGCGUCUCCCACAGCGUCGCGUCUUAUGUGAAAGCAGCAACAGAACCCUGACUCUGCAGGGCGCCGGCCGCUUCUCCAACCACUGGUUCAUACUGUUCAACGACGCCUUGGUUCAUAUACAGCGCGCCGCUCCUCCUAAGAGCCUUUUCUCCACUCAUCGUGUCUACCCUGUAAACCUUUUGUGGGUUAAACCACUUCCUGAAAACGACAGUGGAUGCUAUGCCAUCAAAAUGUCAUGUCCAGAAGAGACGUUCAUCCUGGUGGCCUCAACACCACAAGAGAAGAACAAGUGGCUGCAUUUUCUUAAUCAAGAGGUGGACCGGGUGCUGAGUGGUGGAGGUCAGGGUUCAUCGCCAGGAAUAACAGCAAUGUCCCGCACGGCCUCCUAUACUUUCAUGGGAGACGGACGAUUCAAGGAUGCUCAGUAUACUGGGAGCUGGCUGGCUGGACGAGUUCAUGGCAGAGGAACAAUGAGAUGGCGGGAUGGACGUAUCUACACAGGGAACUUUAAAAAUGGACUGGAGGAUGGCUAUGGCGAAUGCAUGAUUCCUGACAAACUGCUGAACAAAGCAGGUUGCUAUCAGGGACAGUGGCGAGAUGGCAAGAUACAUGGCUUUGGCAUCUACAGGUAUGCUACUGGAGAGGUGUACGAGGGUUGCUUCAAUGACGGCCAGCGCCAUGGCUACGGCAUGCUGCGCUCGGGCAAGAUGGACAAGACGUCGUCGGGCGUGUUCAUCGGCCAGUGGGUCUGUGACAAGAGGACUGGAUAUGGAGUCUCUGACGACAUCACCAGGGGUGAGAAGUACAUGGGUAUGUGGCUGGAUGACGAGAGGCACGGGAGUGCUGUGGUCGUGACUCAGUAUGGUGUGUACUUCGAAGGGAACUUCAGGGAAAACAAGAUGAGUGGUCCCGGUUUGUUGGUAUCAGAUGAUGACACGGCUUUCCAUGGGGAGUUUUCCGAAGACUGGACCGCCAACGGCAAGGGUGUUUUGUCCCUCGCAAAUGGUGACACUUUGGAAGGUCACUUUAGUGGGGAAUGGAGCACAGGUCUGAAAGUGGACGGAAUUUACAGCAAACUAUCAACUGAUGAAAUUGAAGACAAAGAUAAAAAAAACUUAAUGCGGUUGGGUCAGUAUGUGGUGGCUGCAGAUGAGAGGUGGGUGUGUGUUUUCGACGAAAGCUGGAGGCGGCUGGGCUGUGACAUUCCCGGCAGAGGAGAGAGGACAGUGGCCUGGGAGAACAUUGCCGUUUCUAUUUCAAGUGCUCGACGACACAGCACGGACCUGAGCAGGUCUCAGAGUAAAGUUCUGGAGUGUUUGGAGUGUAUCCCUCACCACGUGGAAGCAGUAACCACCACAAAUUAUGACAACAUACGGAAAUACCUCACUAAGGCAUGUGAGACCCCAUUCCACCCUCUGGGCUGGCUGGUGGAGACGCUGGUGACUGUCUACAGAAUGACCUACCUGGGUGUCGAGUCAAACCACAGGCUGCUCAGAGAGGCUGUGAAGGAGGUGCAGGCCUACAUCAAACACUUCUACUCCAUUAUCAGGUUCCUGUUUCCUGGCUUACCAGAAGAUGGCAGCGUUUUACCAGAUACUCCUGUUUCUCCAUGUAGAAUCAGAUACAGCUCAUAUUCCGAAGAGCCAAGCUUUGUCUCUGUUGUGAGCUGCUCCACUCUGCUCCUCCCACUGCUGCUCCCUCAACUCUAUCAACCUCUCUUCAUGUUGUACUGCCUCCACGACGAACAGCAGGAGGUGCAGUACUGGGAGCGCAUCAUCCGACUCAACAAGCAGCCCGACCAGUCCCUGCUCAGCUUCCUGGGUGUUCGGCAAAAGUUCUGGCCAAAGUGGAUGUCUGUUCUCGGGGAGAAAAAAGAGAUUGUAUCCAGCAGUAAAGACGUCAGCUUCGGCAGCGCUGUCGAGACACUCCAACAAAUCAGCACCACGUUCACUCCCUCGGAUAAACUCCUGGUUAUCCAGAACACUUUUGAGGAGCUGACCCAGGAAAUCAAACCCAUGCAGGACGGUGACUUCCUGUGGUGCAUGGACGACCUGCUCCCUCUCUUCCUCUACAUUGUGCUCAGGGCGAGAAUCAGAAACCUGGGAGCUGAAGUGAGUAUGAUCGAAGACUUGAUGGAUCCGAACAUUCAGCAUGGAGAGCUGGGACUAAUGUUCACCACCUUGAAGGCGUGUUACAUGCAGAUCCAGCUGGAGUCACCGAUUUAGCAGUGAGCGGGAUUGACUGAAGGCCCGCUUCAAGCUACCAGUCGGUCCUUCAAUCCUAGUACUACUACCAAGUAUGUUUCCAAACUUCUCACUGGACUUUUUCAACUUGAAUUCAUUUUUAAAACAAUGAGAUCUUAUUAUAGCUCUUGUUGGAUCACCUACACGCACAAAUGCCUCAGGGAUUUCAAGUACUUAUACCACAAAAUAUUCAUACUGAUGUUAUUCUCAAUUGUGUUUUUUAUUUUUUUUGGAAUGGAGGAAAACAAAACAACACCAUUACUACAGACUAUUAGCUUUUUGUGGAUGUUGUAGCAGUCAACCUUUUUUUUAAUAGCAUUUCAUUGGUUGCAAAGUGGACGUUAAUUUCUACUCGACCCAUAAAGUGUAUUGAGAAAUACCAUAUCGCCGCUGUUGGGCAGAAUAUCCACAUCUCCACAUCAGUACUU